GCGCUCCUCCGCAGCUUGGCCCGCGUUUCCUCCGUGCAGUUUGCAGACCGCUGGGAGUGUAUGUUGCGGAUUUGCUCCUUCCCUGCUCUCCUUUGGCUUUCCCUGCUGUCUGCCCUGCUCAGCCCCGCGAUGCCGGUGGAUCUCAGCAAGUGGUCCGGGCCCCUGAGCCUGCAGGAAGUGGAUGAGCGGCCGCAGCACCCGCUGCUGGUUAAAUACGGCGGGGUGGAGGUCGAUGAGCUGGGCAAAGUGCUGACACCCACCCAGGUUAAGAACCGGCCCACCAGCAUUGCAUGGGAUGGCCUUGAUGCAGAUAAACUCUACACCUUGGUCUUGACAGACCCGGAUGCUCCCAGCAGGAAGGACCCCAAAUACAGGCAAUGGCACCAUUUCCUGGUGGUCAACAUGAAGGGCAACAACAUCAGCAGUGGCACAGUCCUCUCUGAUUAUGUGGGCUCUGGGCCUCCCAAGGGCACAGGUCUUCACCGCUACGUCUGGCUGGUUUACGAGCAGAACAGUCCACUGAAGUGUGACGAGCCCAUCCUCAGCAACCGGUCUGGAGACCACCGCGGCAAAUUCAAGGUGGCGUCUUUCCGCAAAAAGUACGGGCUGGGGGCCCCGGUGGCCGGCACGUGUUACCAGGCGGAAUGGGACGACUAUGUGCCCAAACUCUACGAGCAGCUGUCUGGGAAGUAGAGAAGGGCUAGGAGAUGGGAACCGUCCCCAGUGUUGCCAAGCAGUGUUUCAAGUUUAAUGAUGCAUGUAGAUUUCUCCCCUUCCCUGUUCCCGAGCUCUGAGCAGUCAGAUCUAGGUUUAGGGUGACUUUUCCUUCUACCCGUCCUAAUUCUAGAGGGUACACACUCUGGUUUAUGUUUAGAUCAAAUCUGAAGUCCAUUUGGGGGGAUAUUUCAUACUGUGAUGGGGUCAUCAAAAUGUUAACGUAAGAGUAGCAACCCAGAAUUUAAGGAAGAAGAAAAUUCUGGUAAAAAGACCAGGCCUAUCGUAAUAGAUUAAGAGCAUCAGAGAAUCUUCAAGGGACGUUGAAAAAAGAUUUGUGGUGAGCGGGAGCCCAGGAUUGUGUGCGUAAUAGAGUAAGAGCAUCAGAGAAUCUUCAAGGGAGGUUGAAAAAAGAUUUGUGGUGAGCGGGAGCCCAUCUUCUAGCGUGUUCUCACAGCCCUGUCUCUCACCAAGACAACCAGGGGCUGGCAUGUUCACUAACCACCCCCCACCCCCAUGUGGUACAUCUCAGGCUGGUUACUGGGUGUCAGUGUCCUGCUCUGGCUGCUUUCAAGAGCAGUACUGGAAAAGCAAUAGAGCUUUGCUUUGCUGUUGGAGCCCGGCCACCUAGAGCUGCAAGACUGGGUGAGAGGUUUAUCAGAAAUCUGAAAAUCUAUGCCUGUUAAAUUGAUUGUUCUUCUUUGGUGUAAGAAAAGCCAGCUUAGACUUGCUGAAUGUUGUGUUAAUUCUGCUAUUUGCUUAGUUGAAUAAAAAUAAAAACGUUGUGUGGAUGAA